AUGGACACCGUUCGAAACAGUCCGUUCGUGCAACUCUCCGCCGAAAAGCAACCGUUGAAGCUGAAAUUCGGUAUAGAUCAGCUCCUCUCAUCGACGUCGAGAGAAAAGCACCCGGUUUUUCCCAAGGGAAUCGCGAAACCGACGCCGACGGUGGCGGUGCCUUGUUCGGAUUGCGUUUCUUCGAUUUACAGGUGCUGCAAGAUGGGAUCGACGGGCUGCUCGACCGGCAGGGAAGCCCCCGAGUAUAUGGCGGGGCACAUGUUCUGUACCGGCGGUACUGCGUAUACGAUACAGCCGAUUAGGCCGUUUCCAACGCGACCAAAUAUACGAAUACCCGAUGUCCAUUCGCCGCCGCACGGGGGCGGCGGCCCGAGCGGCCAGAGCAAGCGGAAGCGGUCUUGGUCCAGGGCGGUGUUCAGCAACUUGCAGCGCAAGGGCCUGGAGAGGCGGUUCCAGCUGCAGAAGUACAUAACGAAGCCGGACCGGCGACAGCUGGCCGCCACGCUGGGCCUCACCGACGCCCAGGUGAAGGUGUGGUUCCAGAACAGGCGCAUGAAGUGGCGGCACUCGCGGGAGGGCCAAGGGGGCGAGAACGCCGCCGCCGAUUCCACGCAGGACGAGCUGCAUAUCGAUGUCGAUACUGUUACGGAUGAUGUUGAUUGAUUAAAGUAUAUUGUAUGAUUUUUUUUUAUGUUUUUAUGAAUCC